AUGGUCGAGCUGUGUAAGCGUGGAUUUGCAAUUCAUCACAGUGGUAUUUUGCCAAUUCUAAAAGAAGUUGUUGAACUGCUUUUCCAGAGAGGGCUUGUUAAGGUACUGUUUGCAACGGAGACAUUUGCAAUGGGUGUUAAUAUGCCGGCUCGUACAGUGAUUUUCGAUGCACUGCUAAAGCAUGAUGGCCAUCAGAUGCGCUUGCUGAAUCCUGGUGAAUACAUACAGAUGGCUGGACGAGCAGGCCGACGAGGUUUAGACGCAACCGGUACAGUUAUUGUACUCUGCAAAGGUGCUCAUAUGCCGGAAUAUUUGGAUCUUGUCAACUGUAUGAUGGGUAAACCGACGAAAUUGGAGUCACGUUUCCGGGUAACCUAUACGAUGCUUCUGAAUUUGUUACGUGUGGAGCAUUUGAGCAUUGAAGAUAUGCUGCAAAGAAGCUACGUGGAAAGCGCAUCAUUGAGGCAAGCACUGGCACGAAAAACAUAUUUGAAACAGAUGGAUGAAUUACUGGCCACCAAAAAAGAACUGGAUUGCUCGAGUUGUUUCCCGGAAGGACGUCAGACAAUCGUUGAUUAUUAUGACAAGCUAAAAGCAUUCUUGCAUUUUCGUGCAAAUCUCUGGUCAGAGCUGUUCCCAUUGCCGUCAUUCGAAAAAUUCCUAUCACCAGGACGUUUGGUUAUCGUUUGCUUGCCUGAAGUCGGUGGAAUUCGCUUAGCGGCAAUCUGCAAAGUUGUUAUCAAUAACAUGUGA